AUGUCGACCAUCGCGGCAGGUCGUUUCGCGAAAGACGACGUCGAUCACGAGACGAAAUGGUGGAAGGAGUACCCGUCCAAGUGAGUUGAAUAUGUACAGUAAUUGGUCGCUAAGGUGUUCAAGUGUACAUAAAGGAAGAAAUGGUCUCGCCAGGAUUAGGAGAGAGCUUGUUCAAUGUCACGUCCGUUUUGAGGUACUACGUGGAGCGUGCCCGUCCACAAAACUUCUACGACGAGUACAUCCAGAACACGUGGAGCAAGCCGAAGCGUCUCGCGCGCUCCGCCUCCUUCACCAACCUGACCUACAUCCGCGACAAGGACAUGGACUAUCCGAUUCCGAAAUCCGACUCGGUCUCCACACUUUCUCCGUCGCACGCUUUGCCGCAGUAUUGUAGGUUUGUUGUGUCUGUGAAGAUGUGUAAAAUGUACACAAUUUGAUAUGAACCGUCCAGUUUGCAGAGAAGCGCAACGCAUCGUGCACACGGUGCCGGUGUACAAGCCGCACGUGCACGACUGGUACAACAAUAGCUACAGUGCGGCGCGUUGGAGGGACACGCAUCGGGAGGUGAACAAGCCGUACAAGCCGUUGGACACCUACAUCUCGCCCGCCUCUUCUCACGUGCCCUACUACACGUUCCAGACGAAACGCAUCUUUUUCGAUGAGGUAAAAUUGUUGUUUGGCUACUGUUUAGAAACUAGCGCACAACUCAAAAAUGAUGACAUUUGGAGCAAAAUGAUCAACUGCAAAGUUGUUGAGCGUAAAAUUUGCUACAACUUUUCAGUUGAACACUUUUUCAAAUAAUCAUCGGUUCUUGAGAUAUAGGCGGUUUUCGAGUAGAGCGAAAGAUGUGAAUUCCAAUUUUUCCAGAAAGCCCGUCAACUGGCUCCGUACCUGAAAGAAUCGCAACGCUACAUGGACAGAUACGUGUCUUCUCGUCUCAAGGUACCGAAUUUCGUUGAGAUCUCUACAAUAUUUUUGUUCAGGCCGACGACUACGCGAAUCGUUUUGCGUACACCGCCUACGAGUGGAGAAAGCCGCAGGAUCACGCGUUCAACCGCCAAUUCAUGACCACCCAGAGAGUUUGUUCAAUUUAUAGAAGAAAUGAUGUGUCGAUAAAACGGUUUAAAGGUGUUCGUCUCCACUCCGACCGGUCUCCCACACGAACACUACGAUAAACUGGCGCUUCGUCGCCUCUACAAGCGUACCGGACGUUUCUUCUUCUGA